UAACUUCAGAGAAGGAGAGAGAGAGAGAGAGACGUCCAGGUCCAGCGUCACGUUGGUUCCUUUUAUCCUUUCUUUACUCACAUUUUUUAUUUCUGCAUUUUCUCCUCGACAAGUUUUGUUUUUAGAGUUUAGACUUUGGAGAGGUUGAGUGCAGCAAUUAAACGCUAACGCAGACAGAGGGGGAGAGAGAGAGUAAGAGAGAGGAUUACCUGGAUUAGGCAUUAAAUACAAUCUCAGAAAGAGAAAAUUUUCUCUUAAUCCUUUUUACCAGAGGCGGCGAAUUCUGGUCCACUGUUUCUUCCUCUCCUUCCACUCUCUUUAUCCCUGUGUUUAAGAAGUCACCUAAAGAAUUCACAGAUUUCAUUUUUCAAAUUUGAUGGAGAAGGUAACUAUUAGCCUCUCAUCUAAAUACCAUGAACCCGUAUUAUUACUGUAAAACAGAGUGAGUCUUCUAGAGAAGGGACUCACACCUAUUCCCCAGUUCAUAAUAUAUUCAGUACUGAAUCAAAAUCAACAGGCCAAGAUUUAAUGGAUGCUAACUGUGCAUCUGCAUGCCCACCACUGUUUAUUCGAUCAGAAUCCCUCAAUUCCCCAAGUCGACCACCAGCACCAAUGUUCCAACUCCAGAAGAUAAGUCCAGACCCAGAACCAAGUAGUCCUGUUUCUUACGAAUCUUAUCCCCAAUAUCCCACAAGUGUGUUUUCUAGGUCAUCUACUUUCUGUACUGAUUUAUAUAUUUCAUCUUCAACAAGCUCUGAAACCCAUCGUCAUCUUGGCAAUUUACCCUUUCUCCCACAACCCCAAACAUUUGACCAGCCAAUUGCAACUGUUCAGUCAUCUAAAUCUCCAUUGCUUCUGAGUGGGGAUUCAAGCAAUCAAACUGAGGAGAAACGCUCGGAGGAUUUGAUGAAAGACUUCCUUAAUUUUCCGGGAGAUGCUUCAGAUGGUAGCUUUCAUGGUGCAAAUUUUGCAAGCGACAGUUUAACAUUUACAGAGCAGCUGGAUCUACAGAUUUUGUCUGCAGAGCUUGAUAUAGCAAUGACUGACAACUCCGAAAAUCCCAGGCUUGAUGAAAUAUAUGAGGCACCCACUCCUGACAGUAGGUUGAAAUGCAAGCCAUUUCAUCAGCCAAUCCAUCCCAUCCAGCCUGUGGUCCCACCUGUUGCUGGUCAAAUUCAUUCAAGCCCCUCCACUCCUGGGGCUGCAGCUGCUCACAAGCCAAGGAUGAGGUGGACACCGGAGCUUCAUGAGCGUUUUGUAGAAGCUGUGAACAAGCUUGAUGGGGCUGAGAAGGCAACUCCAAAGGGCGUCUUGAAGCUUAUGAAUGUUGAGAGUUUAACCAUCUACCAUGUUAAAAGCCACCUACAGAAAUACCGACUUGCAAAGUAUAUGCCAGAGACAAAGGAAGACAAGAAGGCUUCAAGCUCUGAAGAUAAGAAAGUGGCUUCAACCAGCAAAGAAAGUGAUGCACGGUUGAGAAGGGGCAUUCACAUCACAGAGGCUCUUAGACUGCAAAUGGAAGUACAGAAACAGCUCCAUGAACAGCUUGAGGUACAAAGAGACCUUCAGUUACGUAUAGAGGAACAUGCCAGAUACCUGCAAAAAAUAUUGGAAGAGCAGCAGAAGGCUGGCAGCACCCUAAUCCCUGCUUGUGAACUGCCGUCAUUGAGCAAAGAUCCAGAAGGGCAGCCCGUGCCUCCAUCUGCCUGUGCCUUAUCCCAACAAGCUGAAUCUAAAACUGAGUCCCCAUCCCUUCCAGCAAAGCAUAAAGCUACCGACUGUGCUGAACAUGAGCAGUUAGCAUGUCAGAAGCGGCUUUGCCGUGAAACUAGUCCAGAAAUUGCAGAAGCCAAACCAGAAGUAACAUCUGAUGAACAUGUGGUUGAAAAUCCGGUCCCAUGACUCAUCCAUUGCCCCAGUCAAGAGAUCACAUUGUGAAACUGUCUCAUUUCCAGUUUCCGUCCGUUUCAUUCUCGCAGAAAAUUGCUCAGUACCUUUGUACAUCCCAUGUAAAUAAGAAAUUGUAAAACUGGAAAUGGGUUUACCCAGACCAACUGGGUAGUUGUAGUCUGACUGACUGGUUUUCCUAGUGUUUUGAAGAUGAUUAAUUUUGGGAAUCGUUUUGAAAUUUGACCA